AUGCGAGAGAGAAUUGCGUUGUCGGCUGCUCUGUGCGCGUUUUUGGUGCGUUUGCCUGGUGGAAGCGGCGUCGGAUCAGAGCUCGUCCUCCCUUCUCCACCUCAUCGUCCUCAUCCAUCCUCGUCCAUCUUCAUCUCGACAGGAACCGGCUCGGCAGCUUUGCUCGACAUCGCAUCACCGCCAACGCCAACGCCAACGCCACCGUCUUCGGCGCCCUUGAUCCUGCUUAGCCCUUCUCCUCCGCUUUCCCGCAUGUUGGACGAUAGCCCACGCUAUGCAAGAUCCUUCCUCGACUCGAUCCUCACCCCCAAGAAUGGCACCGCUCCUACCACCCCCACCCAUCCGCAGUCCUACUCGUCCAACUCCACCACCGCAACCGCCAACACCGCCUCGUCCUCCGCCUCCUCCUCCAGCGGUGUAGCUCCUCUCCUCACCCCCGCAUUCAAGCCGCACAAACCCUCCUCGCUCUCCUCCUCGGCAUCCGCUUCCGCCUCCGAGGACGGCGCGGCGCCGGAUCGCGACUCCAGCCGUCCAGCCUCUCCGUCACCCUUUGGCUCGCCCAAGCUCAACAUCGCCGCCAUCGAGUUCAAGCCGCGCGCUGCCACUCCCACCGCCUCUUCCACCGCUGGUCCUUCCGCCACACUCACACCCACCCAGCCAGCGCCCCACCUCGUGCGCCGUCCCAGCUCCAACUCCAGCAGCACCAACCUCGCCCUCGCCAACAAGAGCCACGCUGGCGCCGGUGACGACGACGACGACGAAUUCUCGCCCUUUGGCUCUGUCAAACCCACCCAGCAGCAGCCCAUCAGCUUUGCAGGCUUCACCGCCUUCGAUCCCAACGCCGGCUGGACCUCGGCAAAUCACGCCAGCAACGACGCACAUCAGCACUGGUCCAGCUCGGAUGCUCACGCCAGUCUCUCUGCGCGGGCCGAUUCGAGCGAGGCGAAGCCCGACACCAGUGCGCCCCUCACUCCUUUCGACAUGCUCUAUUCCAUCCUCGUCACCGGAACCAAAGCCGGCUCGUCCGAGUGGAGCCCAGAGCAGGUGGACGAGGCGCUCGUCAUGCACAACUACGACAUCGAAAAGACGCUCGCUGCCAUCUGGGAUAACGACGGCAAGCCACUCGGCGACGGCUCCCAGUCGCUCCUCGCCGGCGGACCCUCGCUUCCCCGAGCACCAGUCGCGCCCGCCUCCACUGAUUCGCCCCGAGCGUUCGCAACUCCGCUGCCAGCCACCGCCGGCGUCAAGGCAGGCGUCAACGUCAUGUCCAGAGAGGCGCUCGGUCUGGCUGCCACGCGUGGACAGCGUCCGGGCCUUUCGCGCUCGGGCUCGUCCCAGUUGACGCCACGAUACGAGGCCGCUGCGGGGGCGGGGGCGGGAGCAGGCGGCGCAGGCGCCCGAGUCUGCCGCUACUUCCUGGCUGGAGAGUGUCGACGCAGCGACUGCCGCUUCUCGCACGACCUCGACAACCGCGCCGUAUGUCGCUACUGGCUCAAGGGCCACUGCGCUCACAACCCGUGCAACUUUCUGCACGACUACGACGCGCUCAACCAGCUCGCCACCGGCAUCGUCUCCGGGCUCAACGUGAGCGACAGCAGCCUGCAGCGACAAGCAACGCCGGAAGCGAGCGACUUCAUGGGUGCGGCGAGUGGCGGCGAUGCAAAGGAAGACUUCCCCGAGCUUGGCGCGACGGGCAAAGAUGCAAACUCCAAGAGCUCGUAUGCGGCGACGCUGGGAGGAGGUGCGGAUGCAUCCAGGAAUCGGUGGGCGGCUACGUUGCAGAAGAAGGCGCCCGCGGAUGCUGCGACGCGUGCGCAAGACGAUGCGCAGGGUGUGAUCAGCAUUCACUCCAAAGCCGGGCCCAUCCGCUCACAGCCAGCGGCGUCGAUCAAGCCCACGGGUAAGGCGUCGUCGUCGUUGUCGGCAGCGGGGCGAGGCUCGGCUCGCAUCCCGCUGCGACCGUCUGCACUGCUUCCGACGCUUUUGACGGGCAGCAGCGCGUCCGAGACGUACCUCGCGCAUCGAGGCGACGUACUGUCAUUGGCCGAGCAGAGGAACAAGCUUCUGGCGCGCGCAUCCGAGGCGUAUCGCAAAGGCGACGUGGCAUCGGCGAGCAAGUACAGCAAGGAGGCAUCGACGCUCAAUCAGCAGUACGAGAGCGAGUCGCGCACGGCGGCGCAUGCGAUUGUCAAGGAGCGACUCGGCGAGCUGCGUUCGCGACUCAACGAUCCGAACCUGUCCGGCUCCAACUCGGCGCAGAGCACCGAAGCUGGUGCGCGCAGCCUGCGUGGCAAGGUGGUGGGCAACGGACUUGGAGUGUGUCUGGGCGUACUGCGGCCCGGUGCAUUGCAAGGCUCGAUCACGGCGAGCCUGUCGAUGGACGAGCGCACAGAGUGCCUGUUGGACCUGCACGGACUGCACGCCAAGGAGGCGGUGGAGCUGACCGAGGAGUUCCUGCUGGGUCUCGAGGCCGAGGGCAUCCAGGGGCUCGCGUAUCUCGCCAUCGGCAAGGCAAAGCACAGCAGCAAGGAGACCGACAAGCGCCGCGUCAAGGUGGGCGGCUUUGUGAGGCAGUUCUUGAGCAGCUACGCGUAUCCGUUUGCCGAGAGCGACGGCGUGCUCGUUGUCGAUCAUCUGUCGCACUCGUAG